AUGUCUCGGAAGAGAUUCGUCACUGCGAGGAAAUUAGGUUAUGCAGAUUGUGGCCUGACACAGGGACACAGAUUGGAAAGGUUUGGCCCCUUAGUAUUCUCCUAUACAGUAUGUAGUUGGAUAGGUUUUGGCCCCUUAGUAUUCUCCUAUACAGUAUGUAGUUGGAAAGGUUUUGGCCCCUUAGUAUUCUCCUAUACAGUAUGUAGUUGGGAAGGUUUUGGCCCCUUAGUAUUCUCCUAUACAGUAUGUAGUUGGAAAGGUUUUGGCCCCUUAGUAUUCUCCUAUACAGUAUGUAGUUGGGAAGGUUUUGGCCCCUUAGUAUUCUCCUAUACAGUAUGUAGUUGGAAAGGUUUUGGCCCCUUAGUAUUCUCCUAUACAGUAUGUAGUUGGAUAGGUUUUGGCCCCUUAGUAUUCUCCUAUACAGUAUGUAGUUGGAUAGGUUUUGGCCCCUUAGUAUUCUCCUAUACAGUAUGUAGUUGGAUAGGUUUUGGCCCCUUAGUAUUCUCCUAUACAGUAUGUAGUUGGAUAGGUUUUGGCCCCUUAGUAUUCUCCUAUACAGUAUGUAGUUGGAUAGGUUUUGGCCCCUUAGUAUUCUCCUAUACAGUAUGUAGUUGGAUAGGUUUUGGCCCCUUAGUAUUCUCCUAUACAGUAUGUAGUUGGGACGGUUUUGGCCCCUUAGUAUUCUCCUAUACAGUAUGUAGUUGGGAAGGUUUUGGCCCCUUAGUAUUCUCCUAUACAGUAUGUAGUUGGGAAGGUUUUGGCCCCUUAGUAUUCUCCUAUACAGUAUGUAGUUGGAUAGGUUUUGGCCCCUUAGUAUUCUCCUAUACAGUAUGUAGUUGGAUAGGUUUUGGCCCCUUAGUAUUCUCCUAUACAGUAUGUAGUUGGAUAGGUUUUGGCCCCUUAGUAUUCUCCUAUACAGUAUGUAGUUGGAUAGGUUUGGCCCCUUAUUAUUCUCCUAUACAGUAUGUAGUUGGGAAGGUUUUGGCCCCUUAGUAUUCUCCUAUACAGUAUGUAGUUGGAUAGGUUUUGGCCCCUUAGUAUUCUCCUAUACAGUAUGUAGUUGGAUAGGUUUGGCCCCUUAGUAUUCUCCUAUACAGUAUGUAGUUGGGAAGGUUUUGGCCCCUUAGUAUUCUCCUAUACAGUAUGUAGUUGGGAAGGUUUUGGCCCCUUAGUAUUCUCCUAUACAGUAUGUAGUUGGAAAGUAUUCUAUGACACAAUCAGCAGCACAAGUACUGUAUCCUCCACCACUACAGUAGAACUGUAUUAGCUAUGCCUGUUGUACCUAAUACUAUAUCAUCAUGCAUGAUACCUCAAUGUGAGUGUUAUUGCUCUUUAACCUGAGUAUUUGUUAGUUCAAUUAAUAGUAUUUUCCAUUUUUGUCCCGAGGAAAGAUGGUUUGAGGGACGGCUUCUAUUGCUGUUUGGAGUUGGAAAGAAAUCAGUAGCACCAAUUCUAUAGUAACUUCCUGCUGUUAAGUUAAAACACCAUGGAAAGGUUGAAGUGUUUAAUACCUUACACCACUGUAUACAGUUAAUUCACAAACAUACACUUACUGUUCAAUAUAGGAUUCAUCUUUACUGUUCAAUAUAGGAUUCAUCUUUACUGUUCAGUAUAGGAUUCAUCUUUACUGUUCAAUAUAGGAUUCAUCUUUACUGUUCAAUAUAGGAUUCAUCUUUACUGUUCAGUAUAGGAUUCAUCUUUACUGUUCAAUAUAGGAUUCAUCUUUACUGUUCAAUAUAGGAUUCAUCUUUACUGUUCAAUAUAGGAUUCAUCUUUACUGUUCAAUAUAGGAUUCAUCUUUACUGUUCAAUAUAGGAUUCAUCUUUACUGUUCAGUAUAGGAUUCAUCUUUACUGUUCAAUAUAGGAUUCAUCUUUACUGUUCAAUAUAGGAUUCAUCUUUACUGUUCAGUAUAGGAUUCAUCUUUACUGUUCAAUAUAGGAUUCAUCUUUACUGUUUAAUAUAGGAUUCAUCUUUACUGUUCAAUAUAGGAUUCAUCUUUACUGUUCAGUAUAGGAUUCAUCUUUACUGUUUAAUAUAGGAUUCAUCUUUAAUGUUCAAUAUAGGAUUCAUCUUUACUGUUCAGUAUAGGAUUCAUCUUUACUGUUCAAUAUAGGAUUCAUCUUUACUGUUCAGUAUAGGAUUCAUCUUUACUGUUCAGUAUAGGAUUCAUCUUUACUGUUCAGUAUAGGAUUCAUCUUUACUGUUCAGUAUAGGAUUCAUCUUUACUGUUCAAUAUAAGAUUCAUCUUUACUGUUCAGUAUAGGAUUCAUCUUUACUGUUCAGUAUAGGAUUCAUCUUUACUGUUCAAUAUAGGAUAUAUCUUUACUGUUCAGUAUAGGAUUCAUCUUUACUGUUCAGUAUAGGAUUCAUCUUUACUGUUCAGUAUAGCAUUCAUCUUUACUGUUCAAUAUAGGAUUCAUCUUUACUGUUCAAUAUAGCAUUCAUCUUUACUGUUCAAUAUAGCAUUCAUCUUUACUGUCCAGUAUAGGAUUCAUCUUUACUGUUCAAUAUAGGAUUCAUCUUUACUGUUCAAUAUAGCAUUCAUCUUUACUGUUCACUAUAGGAUUCAUCUUUACUGUUCAAUAUAGGAUUCAUCUUUACUGUUCAAUAUAGGAUUCAUCUUUACUGUUCAGUAUAGGAUUCAUCUUUACUGUUCAGUAUAGGAUUCAUCUUUACUGUUCAGUAUAGGAUUCAUCUUUACUGUUCAGUAUAGGAUUCAUCUUUACUGUUCAGUAUAGGAUUCAUCUUUACUGUUCAGAAUAGGAUUCCUCUUUACUGUUCAGUAUAGGAUUCAUCUUUACUGUUCAGUAUAGGAUUCAUCUUUACUGUUCAGUAUAGGAUUCAUCUUUACUGUUCAGUAUAGGAUUCAUCUUUACUGUUCAAUAUAGCAUUCAUCUUUACUGUUCAGUAUAGGAUUCAUCUUUACUGUUCAAUAUAGGAUUCAUCUUUACUGUUCAAUAUAGCAUUCAUCUUUACUGUUCACUAUAGGAUUCAUCUUUACUGUUCAAUAUAGGAUUCAUCUUUACUGUUCAAUAUAGGAUUCAUCUUUACUGUUCAGUAUAGGAUUCAUCUUUACUGUUCAGUAUAGGAUUCAUCUUUACUGUUCAGUAUAGGAUUCAUCUUUACUGUUCAGUAUAGGAUUCAUCUUUACUGUUCAGUAUAGGAUUCAUCUUUACUGUUCAGUAUAGGAUUCAUCUUUACUGUUCAGUAUAGGAUUCAUCUUUACUGUUCAGUAUAGGAUUCAUCUUUACUGUUCAGUAUAGGAUUCAUCUUUACUGUUUAAUAUAGGAUUCAUCUUUACUGUUUAAUAUAGGAUUCAUCUUUACUGUUUAAUAUAGGAUUCAUCUUUACUGUUUAAUAUAGGAUUCAUCUUUACUGUUUAAUAUAGGAUUCAUCUUUACUGUUUAAUAUAGGAUUCAUCUUUACUGUUCAGAAUAGGAUUCAUCUUUACUGUUCAGUAUAGGAUUCCUAGUCAUCCUGGCUUCUACUGUUCAUUUAGUCAUAUUUAUAAUGACCGAUGUUUUGGUCUGUCACUUUUUUUUUUUUUACUAUUUCAACAUGUUCAAAAAUCCUUCUGUUUAUUUUAUUGUGUUGAUGAAGUGUAUUUAAUAAUAUGAAUGAGUGUUUUUACAGCCGCAGCACACGUCACCUCAUUCAGUAUUAUCUUCGGAUAAUAUUUCAAUACAUCCUGAAAAUUUGACACAAUCUUAAUUGCAUCUUAAUUGCACAAAUUGUCGUAUUAGAGAGGACGCAUUUUUUCGGUUACAUUUUUUGUGUUGAAAUUGAUAUACCUAUCAAACCAAUGUAAUUGUACAGUCAUUUGGACUUUCCUCCAGAUUGAACACACUAUUGUCCCAUGACAAAAUGUGAAUAGUAUUUUUAUAAAGCACCGUGACGAGGCGACCCGCUGAAAUGUGUCCAUAGGAGGAGAAAGCUUUGACUUUUUACCACUUUUCUCUCUGUUUCACGUUAUUUUCUUUCUCUGUUCUUUUUCUCUUCUUGUCUGUUUAUCUGGUGUCAGCGUUAGAUAUGACAUAGCUUCUGUGUGUACUGUAUGUGUACUUUGGGUAGUACAUUUUGAUUUGAAAUGUAAAACACCCUUGUUGGGCUCUUGCCUGUGAAACUGGCUAGUUCACCUGUAUGAAGCAUCCCUCUGUGAGUUCUCUACUUAAUAUCUGUGUUGGGGUUAACAAUGGUUUAUAUCUUCUUCUUGUUUUACCUCUCUCUCUCUCUCUCUCUCUCUCUCUCUCUCUCUCUCUCUCUCUCUCUCUCUCUCUCACACACACUCUC